GAACUUGCUUGAUUGUCUUCUCUCGUUGUCACGUAUUCCGUAGCAUUUCACCGUACGAUCGGCGCGAGUAUAACAUCUAUCAGUUGAACACCGCGAGUCAUCUCUCAAUCUGCGUUCAAACACUGACGGAGCACUCCCGCCCAGCAACGGCGCCGCCGAACCUUGAUCCCUCCGUCAACAAUCGCGUCACUAGCUAGCGGCGAUCACACGAGCCUCAUCGAGCAAUAGCUAGGAUAUGGCACCGAAGUUGGCUUCGCGCCCAGCAGAGCCGUCACGGAACAAAUCAGAGAUGGCAGGCCAGCAUGAGUUUCCGGCGUUGUUCACCAUCGAAGGCUCAAACAGACACGAGAUCAUUCUCGUCAAUCCAGGCCAUGACCUCGAGGAACUGAGAAAGACAAUGGAGAGUCUAGCUGAGUCGUCGCCCAACUGCCACGAAUGGGGGCAGAAGUUCCGGAGUAAGGAUGUUAAGGAGACGGUGGGUGAGAUCAAGGUCAAGUGGGCAAGUGAAGGGAGGGACAAGCAGUUGUUUCCGAAGGAGACGAUCCUGACAGAGGACAACUGCGAGCCGGUGCUGCGUAUGAUGGCUGUUGGUGUGGGAAAGGAUGUGUUUGACAUCAAGCUGGAACGGUCGGAGCCGGAGAAGGCGAAGAAGUAGUUGAGUCGUACUUACUAGGGCCGUACAGCUCCCACGUGCCAUCCAUUCUCAAGUUCUCGUCCGGACGUUGAGGGAGGCAGCAUUCUGCGACCUCCGAAAAGUCGAAAAAUUCCGAAUAAAAGCUGGCACACGAGUUGAGCGAGCCGUUGUGACUUUCGAGCGUCUAGGUGUCGGUAUCUGGUUGGCGCGGCGAUAUGGGUUACAAUAGUCUACCACAACGUUAUUCAGACUUCUCGUGCUGGCGUAACCUGUCGAGAUUGCAAUGGAAGGAUGUGCCACCGCUUCGC